AUGACGCAGGACGCCACCACAGGCAUGGUCCUGGGCUACGACGCCGUCCACCCCUUCGCCAAGGUCAAGCUCACAGACCGGGCCUCGGUGCAGGAGCUCCUCCGGACCCUGCUCGACCCGCUCGAGCCCUUCUUCUCGCCGGGGAAAGCCCGCGUGCGCUGCCCCGGCGCCACGGCCGUGCGGUUCGACCAGGCCGCCUCCGAGGUCGAGGGCAUCUGCCGGCCGCUCUGGGGGCUCGCGUGCCUGCUGGCCGGCGGCGGCGAGUACAGGGGCACCGGGCGGUGGGUCGAGGGCGUGAAGGCCGGGACGGACCCGGAGUCGGGCGAGUACUGGGGGUACCCGCGGGACAACGACCAGAGGAUGGUGGAGAUGUGUCCGCUUGGUGCUGUUGCUGAGAUGUGCGUCGUGUUUGUCAUAGGCUUUGCGCUGGCUGUUGCCCCCGUGUUCUGGGACUCGAUGUCUGAGAAGGAGAGGGAGAACAUGGAGAAUUGGCUGGGGAACUCGAUUAAUGAGAAGAACAUGCCAAACACAAACUGGCUCUGGUUCCGGGUCUUUGCCAAUCUGGGCCUCAAGAAGAACGGCGGCAAGUUCUCCCAGGAGAGGCUCGACAGCGACAUCGAGCACCUCGACACCUUUUACCGCGGCGACGGCUGGUCCAACGACGGGCCCGAGGGCAUUCACCGUUGA